ACAGCGCAAUGUUUAGUUUAAAAGAUAAAAUUGCAAUAGUUACAGGUGGGGCCUGCGGUAUAGGCGCUGCUAUUGUUAAAGAAUUUCUGCAAGAAGGUGUUAAGCACGUUGCAAUAUUGGAUGUCGAUGAAGAGUCAGGUUACUCCAUGGAAAAACAACUGGCAACAAUAUUUGGAAAAGAUAAAGUGAAAUUUAUAAAAUGCGAUGUUACAAUUGAGGACCAGUUGUUAGCUGCGUACCAAAAUACAACUUCGGAUUAUGGAUACAUAGAUAUCGUUGUGAAUAACGCAGGCGUAGCUGAUGAAAGACUACACAUGUUUAAAAGGACAAUUGAUAUUAACUUUACUGCACUAUCAGCAAGCACAUUGAAGGCUCUAGAACUGAUGCGUGAAGAUAAAGGUGGUCAUGGUGGUACUAUUAUCAAUGUUUCCUCAAUCGCUGCUCUGUUACUGAUAGCACCAUCUUUAUUCAUUUACGCAGCUACUAAAGCUGCUGUACUUCAUUUAACUUGUAGUAUCGGUAAACAAUCAUAUUUUGCAAAAACAAAAGUGAGGACAAUUACUGUAUGUUUUGGCUGCACAAUAUCUGAAAUACAUAAGAGAUUGGGCAGCUUUGAUGACAACAUAGAAAAAAUUGCAGAAAUAUUCACCGAAAUAAUGCCUCCCCAACCAGCUGAGGCCGCAGCAAUUGGACUCGUGGAAGCGUAUAAGAACGGUCAAAGUGGAAGUGCAUGGCUCGUAAAAAAUAGCAAACCAGCAAUAGAUAUAACAUCAAAAAUAAAUACGGCCUACGAUACUUUAUCUGAAAAUCACGUGUGUAUGUUAGAUAUAGAUGAUUCUGCGGGAAGAAAACUUGAACACGAUUUAUCGCUUAUUUACAGCGCUGAUAAAGCUAAGUUCUAUAAAUGUGACGUCACUAAAGAUGAAGAAUUAUCCGCAGUUUUUAAUGAAGUUGUUGAAAAUAUUGGUGUGAUUGAUGUUGUUGUGAAUAACGCUGGAUUAGCAACUGAAAAUAUAACGACAUACAAAAAAGAAAUAGAUAUAAAUUAUGCUGCAGUUGUGUCAUCUACAUUUAAAGCCUUGGACCUAAUGAGGACGGAUCGAGGCGGAAAAGGGGGUACCAUUAUUAAUGUUUCUUCAAUUAGUGCUUUGGCGCAAUAUUCGCCUUUUCUUUUCGUAUAUGCAUCGUCGAAGAGUGCAGUUCUUCAUUUCAGCAGUUGCAUCGGGGUAAGAAAUAAAGUAUAA